UUCGUUAUCCAGCUCUCUCUCUCUCUCUCUGGGUUUCUCCUCUGUGUGUGGUGUUCUGUAUCCGACUUCUCUUGUCCGGUGACUCGGAAGGAAAGAAAAAAAAGUCAAAAACCUGAUGAGUAUUUCCACCGAGUUGAAUUGGUUGUGGAUAUUUGGCUGAAUGAGCUCCCAUCCAUGCCUUUAUUAGAUAUUCAGCCUGCUUUGCAGAAACAUCUGGGUCUGCUCGGGAAUCAAUCUCUGAUUCACGCUGGGGAUGAGAAGAGACUGCUGUGUCCAUGGAAAUCGUUCCAGUUUCCUAGAAAAGUAGAUUUCAACGAAGGCGCAAGGCGCAGUAAAUUUUCUGUCAAGGCAGUGGCUACCCUCGAACUUACAUCAUCGGUUCGCAAGGCAGAUGGUGACGAGAAUACUAAGAGUUCAAAUUUGGUCGUUGAUUCAAGUCCCGUAGCGACGGGAAGUGAGUCCUCCGGGGAGGAUUCAGUGGAAAUGGAUGAGCGGGAAAGGUUGAGACGGAUGAGGAUAUCUAAAGCAAAUAAAGGGAACAAACCCUGGAAUAAAGGGAAGAAGCACAGUCCCGAAACCGUUCAGCUGAUAAGAGAGAGAACAAAGCUCGCAAUGCAGAACCCUAAGGUCAAGAUGAAGUUAAUAAACUUUGGACAUGCUCAAAGUGAAGAAACACGGGUAAAAAUUGGGUUUGGAGUGCGAAUGAAAUCACAGAAGCGUCGUGAAAAGUUGCUGGUGCAGGAAACUUGCCACAUUGAGUGGCAGAACUUAAUUGCAGAAGCUUCUGGGAGAGGUUUUACUGGAGAGGAAGAGCUGCAAUUGGAUUCCUACAAGAUAUUGAGGGAAAAGCUUGAGCAAGAGUGGCUAGAGAGCGUUGAGAAUAGGAAGAAUAUGCCAAAGGCAAAAGGUAGUAAGAGAGCACCAAAGCCCUUUGAACAAAGAAGAAAAAUUGCGGAAGCCAUUGCUGCCAAAUGGGCUGAUCCUGCAUAUCGUGAUCGGGUUCUCUCAGGUAAGAAAAAAUGUCAUGGAACUCCAAUUGGAAUUAAAAGAAAGACAAAGCAAAGGACAAGUAAUGCUACACAAUCUACAAAACCGAGCCCCAGGAAGAAGAAAGAUGGUGGUAUUAGCUCUUCUUCUGGGCUUGAGACUAAUGGCCAAGUAGGUGGACUGAAGAAGCGGAGGAGUAAUGCACCCUUGUAUAAGGACCCCUUGGCUAGGUCGAAGUUGGAGAUGAUAAAGGGUAUUAGAGCAAAAAGGGCUGCAGGAGUAACCCCAAAAAAUGAAGCUAUUGAAAAAGCAAGGCUCUUAAUAGCUGAAGCUGAAAAGGCUGCGAAAGCCCUCAAAGUUGCUGCGACCAAGAGCCCUAUAGCUCGAGCUUCUCUCAUUGAAGCCAGGAAACUCAUUGCUGAAGCAAUUCAAUCUAUUGAAUCCAUAGAGACGAAUGUCACAUCUGAUGAGAAUGAUGGCUACCUUCCUAUGUCCUCAGCCAUACUGAUUGACACUGUUGAGAAGCAAACGGAUGCAGGUUAUGAGUCCGUAAACCAAGUGAGAGAAGUGAAUGGAGUAGAAACCCUUGCGCCAAGAAAAGAUGAAGACUUUAAUUUUAGCAAUUUCAGCAUGCUGGACAUACUAAAUAGUGAAAGAAGACUUGUGUCUUUGAACUCCAAUGGGCAUGCUAUGCAUCUACUCUAUCCGGCAAAGCAAUAUAGCCGAUUGGAACCAAAUGGUAGUUCAGCAAACCUAAUUGGCUUUUGGAAAGCAAGUGGAAUCAAUGAAUCAGAAAGUAGUCCUCCAAUAAAUGGGACCCAAGUGCAGUCCGGGAGAGAAGAAUUACCACCUAAAUCAGCAAUCGAGCCCAUGAAAGAAGAAACACCACCCAAAUCAGUUGCUAAGAAAUGGGUCCGUGGGAGGCUUGUUGAGGUGAGGGAAGGAGCUUAAUGCUUGCAAUAAUCUUGGUGCAACUACAUCAUUGGCUUUCAGAUCAUGUUCAGAAUAUGCAGGAAUUGGCAACUGCAGCAGUUUGGAUUAUCAGCACCUUCAACAAAGCAAAAUCAAGGAACAUGGAACUCAACCUGCCUACGAUAUUUGCUAUACAUAAUAAUGUACAGUUGAAGGGAGUUGUCCUUUAUUUUCACCCUAUUUAAAGCAUUAGUAUGCCGAAAGCCCUCCUAUCUGUUAUGUGAAUUGUUAUACUAGAAACUUUGUUGCAAUGUAUUUGGCUGCAACAUUUUGGGCUAGCAAUCUAAUUCCUCGAGCUGUGGUAAAUUUGUAUUA